UUCACCUGAGAUAUCAUUUCUUCAUUGCAUAGGAUACCAAGGGUUACUCGAUAUGCAAACAGAUGCUGCAACGGGACCACAUGCCCCUGUUGCAGCAGAUGGGAGCUUGAUGCACUCGGCAUUGAGCUCCCCCAGUUACUCGGAUUUAGUGAACUGGCAUAUUCAGACCCGUAUCAUGGCGGGAAUUCCCCUGCCCCCAGCCUUCGGGGAGGACAAGGUCCCCUUAGGCUGUGUCGGGGACGGGCUUUGGACCACCGGGAAGUACAUUGAGGGGAUUAGUAGCAAUCCUAGUGCCUCUUACACCUUUCAAUCCCCCAAUGCUUGCGUGAGUUCGACGUUUGAGCCCGGGUUCGGAGGCCUUCCCUACGAUGCCAGCAGAAGAUGGGACUUCAACGGAGGCAUGCCUAGCCCGAUCAUGAUGAAUGAGUGGAUGUUGAUGGAGCACGAGAGGCUCAACCCUAAUCCCGUGCCUUCUCGUUUCAAAAAGGAGCUGUCGUUGAGCCUUGCAACGUCUCAUCCCCGCGUAGGAGGGGGUUCUGAGCUGAGCAGCUACUCAUCGUUGCACGUUGGAUCAGACAACACGUCGUGCAGCAGCAGCAAUGCAACGCAGCUGUCUGGAUCCUGUUUCUUCCAGCCAAUGCAGGAGAUACUUGCUGAGUUUGCCUGCUACGCGCUUGAAAACUGCAACGGAACGAGCCUUGGCUGCUCGGACUGGCUUGAACAUAACUCCGUCUCUCACAACAACAACAAUGAAUUCAAGAAAAGGCAUCUAAUGUCUUUACUUCAACUGGUCGAUGAUCAAUACAACCAAUGCAUAGACGAAAUCCACACGGUCGUCUCUGCAUUCCACGCUGUGACCGAGCUGGACCCUAACCUACACGCCCGGUUCACCCUCCCCACGGUCUCUGCCAUGUACAGAGGCCUUCGGGAGAGGAUCAGCAGCCACAUCUUGGCAAUGGGAGCAGCACGACGCGAUGAAGGAGAAAACAGUUCGUUCGAGACAACCUUCAUACAGAAGCAGUGGGCACUCCAGCACCUCAAGAAGAGGGAUCACCAGCUCUGGAGGCCUCAGAGAGGCCUCCCCGAGAGAUCCGUCUCCGUGCUCAGGGCAUGGAUGUUCCAGAACUUUCUACACCCGUAUCCAAACGAUGCGGAGAAGCACUUGCUAGCAUUGAAAAGUGGCCUAACAAGGAGCCAGGUAUCGAAUUGGUUUAUAAAUGCCCGCGUUCGCCUCUGGAAGCCGAUGAUAGAGGAAAUGUAUGCAGAGAUGAAUAGAAGGAAGGCCCCAAGAAACCAAGAAGAUGCCAGUGGCAUCGUCCACAGGAAGCUUCUGCGAUUUGAUAGCAGAAGAUUCGAUGUGGAUUAACGCAUACGACGAAGAUGAAGACGAAUGAAGAAGGUAUUUAACGUAAAUACUGCUAAAUGCCAUUUUUACAUCCAAAUUGUACAUGUUCUAGCUUUGGGAUCCAGUGUUUUGCUAUGAAAGAACAAACUAAGUUGUGGAAUCUCGAAUAAUAUUUCAGUUUCUA